UCAACGUUUCCUAGAUACCACAACCCAUUGUCAACAAAACGAGUGUGUCUCACACAUUUCUUCAUCUUUGGUUUUUCGAUCUGCGAAGAUCUUGCAGAGAGAGAGGAAUAAGGAGGUUUUACCAGGUGAGCAUCUUUUCUCAGAGAGACAGAUAGAGGAGCAAGGAAGUUUAGCAGGUAAUUAA